AUGAAUACACAUGCCAAAGCAAUUUCUCGAAGUCCGCGGCAUAAAUCUGAUGCUCAUGAAUCCCAACAAGAUACCCAACGCCGAAAUUCCAAUACUCAUGAACAUGCAAAGACACAUACCAAAGCUACUUCUGGAAGUCCACGACGUAAAUCUGAUGCUCAUGAAUCCCAACAGGAUACCCAACGCCAAAAUUCCAAUACUCAUAAACAUUCACAGAUACAUGCCAAAGCUACUUCUGGAAGUCCACGACGUAAAUCUGAUGCUCAUGAAUCCCAACAAAACAGCCAGCGCCGAAAUUCCAAUACUCAUGAACAUGCGAACACGCAGAAAAAAGCUGCUGCACACAGUCCACGUCGUAAUUCCAAUGCUCAUGAAUCAAAGAACGGCACUCAUAAUCAUGCAAACACGCACAGAAAAGCUGCUGCGCAUAGUCCAGGACGAAAAUCUGAUGCUCAGAAACUCCAAACCGAUCAUCAUGAUCAUUUGACUACACACGAAAAACCAAUAACACAGGACAACGUAGCUACAGAUAGUAAUGUAGGCACACUCCAUCAGUCAGAUACUCACCAGCCAGAAAAUAGCACAUGUGAUGAAGCAAAGCCCGAAAUAACUGGAUUCAAUGAAACUGAACCGCGUAAUGCUGAACACGCAGGUAUGUUUAUCUAAAUUCCCAAACGUAUAUUCUUGUUUUUCACUGUAAAAGAUUGAACAUUAAUAUAUGCCUCAUUUGCGAUAGUCUCAUUCUAAAGCGACAAAUGAGCCUUAUUAUUACUUCUGUUACCUGACAAUCAUCAAGUUUCUUUUCUCUGGAGAACUUCACAAUAUUGAUCAGUUAACAUAGCAAGAUUAUAUACAGGGCUUGUCAGAAUUAUAGACCC